AAAAGGAGAGUUUUUUGCUGCCUCAUUUACUUUUUUGCCAGAUAAUUUGUUUCAUUUACGAUAUCAUAUUAAUAAUUUGAUUAAGAAACCAAGACAAAUGAAAAAAAUCCAACUACUAAGUGUUUGAUCUUAAAUAUAAUCUUUUUUUAUUUAAUUCAAGCUCGUCAAUGAAAUUCUUUUCGUUCAGUCGUUAGAGAUAUUUAUUCAGAUCGGUAUUUGAAAUGAAUCGUCAGUAAAUAUUUGCAAACAAACCCAGAUGCAAUCGAGACGUUCAAUUAUUUUCUAGAUUUAUCGAAAAGCAGCUGUUUCGCGCGUUACAAAUGUAAUUCUUACACACACACACACACUACGAUAAAUAUGUUUAGUAAGAAUAAUGGGGCUCUCUCGCUUCGAGAUACUCGACAGUACUCAGUACGACUUUCACGAUGGCAGAGACUGGUAGUUCUAACGGUACCAUCAAAUUGCUCGAGGAUCUCUUAAGGAUUCUCAAAGAGGAAAAGCUCUUCGAUGCGAGAUGCGAUCAAUCGGUGAUUAAUUUUCGUCAUCCGAAGGAUCUCAAGAAUAUAAUAUCGUUAACGUUAAAGGAGGACGGUGCUAGUUCCGAGGAAAUCGAUAUUAUCGUACGACAAAUAAUCAAAUAUUCGGUGAAAACAUUUAGUCCGAACUUUCACAAUCAACUUUUCGCGGGUGUAGACGAAUAUGGAAUGGUCGGUUCUUGGCUCACCGAGAUUUUUAAUACGGGCCAAUAUACGUUCGAAGUAGCCCCGGUAUUUACGUUGAUGGAACAUGAAGUGUUAGAGGAAUCCUUAAAGCUCGUUGGAUAUCCAUCGAUACCAGAGGCCAAUGGUAUUUUAUGUCCAGGUGGUAGCUUAUCCAACAUAUACGCAAUGGUAAUGGCCAGGUAUAAGAUAUUACCUGAAAUCAAGAGAAUGGGAUGCAGUGGUUUUCCACCUUUGGCAUGCUUUUCCAGCGAAGAAGGUCAUUAUUCUAUAUUAAAAGCUGUUCAUUGGUUGGGUAUUGGGACCGAGCACGUUUACAAGAUCAAGUCCGAUCAGUUAGGAAAAAUGUUACCGGACGAUUUGAAGAGAGCGAUAAACGAGGCCAGGGCCAAUGGGGAAUUACCAUUUUUUGUUAAUGCAACGUGCGGAACCACGGUUCUGGGUGCUUUCGAUCCAUUGCCAGAAAUAGCAAGGAUCUGCGAGGAAGAGUCCCUUUGGAUGCACGUUGACGCAUGCCUAGGUGGAACUUUAUUGCUUUCCAAAAAGUACCGUGAACGUUUGCGUGGAAUUGAAUUAUCCCAUUCGGUAGCUUGGAAUCCGCACAAAAUGCUCGGUGCACCCCUUCAGUGUUCUAUAUUUUUGGCGAAGGGUAAGGAAGCGUUGCACAAGACCAAUUGCGCUGGUGCUAAGUAUCUCUUUCAACAGGACAAAUUUUACGACGUAUCCUGGGACACAGGCGACAAGAGCGUUCAAUGUGGUAGAAAGGUAGACGCCAUGAAAUUUUGGCUUAUGUGGAAGGCACGAGGUACCAGCGGUUUGAGAAAAUCGGUCGACAUCGCAAUGUCCGAGGCUGAAUAUUUUUUGGAUAGAAUAAAGUUGUUGGAUGGUUAUAGGCUCGUUUUGCCGACUUACGAAUGCUGUAACAUCUGCUUUUGGUACGUACCACCUAGUAUGCGCGGCCAAGAGGAGACCGAUGAUUGGUGGCAAAAGUUGUACAAAGUUACGACAUUGAUUAAAGAACGAAUGAUACUCGAUGGCACCCUUAUGAUCAGUUACAUGCCCCUGGCCUCUAAAAAUCUAGGAAAUUUCUUUCGUAUGGUCGUCACUUGUCAACCACCACCUACGCAUGCUUCCAUGGAUUAUGUCAUCGAUCUAAUCGAGAAGUAUGGAGCGAAUUUGUAAGAAAAAAGAAAAAAAAGGACAAAAAAGAACACACACAGGAUUUCUCCACGUCUUAUUCCUCCGUCCAUCUUUUUCUUUCACUUGCUAAUUCUUUUUACAAUUAUUUCACUUUGUUUUUCUUUUUUUUUCUUAUUUUCUUUUUCCCCAUCCUUCUUAUAUCACUUAUCAUAUUUUCCUUCCUAUCAUUUUGUCGUCCUACGAAGAAUAAUAAAUACAUUAUGUUAAUAAUAACGAA